GCGAGAUUCGUACAAAGCUCAGCCAAACGCUGAAAACCCCUGUGCAGUCUUUCCAUUUCCUACUCCAUUGUCACCACCAUAAAGCUACUGAUUCAAGACUGUCGCCCUGUAUCCAAGAUGGCAGAAUCUCAGAGCGCAGACAAGCCGGUCCUCAGCUACAAGGCUGGAGUAAUCCAUGCUGCUGGUGCGUGCACGACGGAAAUCCACAUCGAGGCGCGAGUUUCCAUCCAAGACGUAUGGAACGAUCAGUACCAUGGCAGCCAAGUAAUGGGUAAACGGCCGGGGAUGUAUCUGAAAUAUCUUCCCGCUCGAUUCCAUGAAGUCAGCGGAGACUUGCUCACAGGCGGUGCAUACCUGUUCCGCACGUUCGAGGAGGCAAAGGACUAUGAGAACUGGACCACCAACGAUUUCGAGGUCGGUGAGCCGAAGACCACGUUCUGGAAUCAACCGCUGUUCAAGUCCGUCAAUCUUUGGGUGUGGAGGGUUAUUGGGGCUCACAACUUUACUCCCGUCGACGGACACGCCAUUGGUCGCUUCCAGCGCUGGACAUACGACAUCAAAGACGCAGAGUCGAUUUUGCAGCAACAUUACCCCGUUCUGAAGGAUGCCGCCGAGAGCAGGGGGGCAGAGUCGUUCUGGCUUCUACAUUGCCCGGAAUCCAAAAUGUUCGCCGUUCAGCUGUCUUUCCCUAAGCCGCAAGGGGAUGACUUUGACUCCAUUCAACAGGGCGUAUUGUCGGUGGCCGAACAAAGUUCCAUUGGCGAUGUUUUCCCUGAUGUUUUGAAAGCUGAAAUAGUGCUCGACCGUACGAGCCCAUACUUGGCACUCUGGCUGCCGCUGGAAGGGUCCGACGAGGGAGUCAAUGUGAAGAGCCCAGCGUUUCCUACCGUCUUGAAAGCCUGAGACGAAUUGAGUAUUCUACUAUAGUAGCUAUUAUAAUUGAUAUUUUCAGGAUCAGUAAAAUAACCCAAGCUCCUUAGCUAUGAAUAUAAUCUAACAAUUAGUUAAAGUUAAAGUCACAUACUGUCAGUCUUGAUAGCUACUUUGUUAGUAGGAGAUGAGAGCUGCCGUAACAGCUAGUCAAAC